UGCAGGUGAUUGUCGUAUUCUGGAAUUUAAGCCGGAUUUGAAAGAUUUUUCUUUGCAAGGUUUCGUUAUCAAGAGCUUCGAGGUACAAAGAGAAAGUGACUGUAAAGCGAGGUGCUUUCAGGAACACAACUGUGUUUCUCUCAAUAUUGGUCCCUCGGGAAACAAUGGAGCUUAUUUGUGUGAACUGAGUGAUUCUGAUCAUGAGAUGCACUCUGAGGCGCUCAAGCCAAAAGAUGGCUUCACCUAUCACUCGACUGAGAACGCUUGUGUGAAGAAUCCCUGCCUUCUUCAUCAGUCUUGUCAAAAUGGCUUCACGGAUAAAGGCUACCGGUGUGUAGGUAAAGAGUUGCCCAAUUCAACUCCAAAUGAGCCAAAAACCUCUACAAACCCUAUUGUGUUACCACCAACGGUAUCAAGUACUGCUGCUUCGCCUACCAUAGUCGUUGGUAAAUUAAAAACAGAUAUUAACAAGUGCACUAAUGACAGCAAAGUAUGUGGUGUGAAUGCGAGGUGCAUAAAGACUGAUCACUCUUAUGGCUGCACCUGCAAAGAAGGAGUCACGAGAGCUGGAGGGUUUUGUUCAGAUGACGAAUGUCGCACCAUUAUUUUCCAAACACCAAUACGCAACAAAGUCAUAGAGGGCAAUGUCAUCAGAACUGAAGAGGUUUCACAUCAGGGGAGCUGUAAUGAAAUGUGUUAUAUGGAACCUAGCUGUGUGUCCAUGAACUUUGGACCCAAGGUGGGAGGAAACUUCACCUGCGAAUUGAAUCAGGAUCAUUCUUUGGAGGGAGACCAAAGCCCGCCUGUUCCACAAAGUAAAAAUGGUCACAUUUAUCUCGCUAUUGAGAAUCCCUGCAGCAGCAAUCCAUGUUCAAACAAUGGAACGUGUCAAGCUGGAUACACUGAUAAAGGGUUUCGCUGCAAAUGUCCUUCAGGGUUCACUGGAGCACACUGCAAUAAAGCUUGCAGCUUUGACUUUGAAGAUGGAAUUGGUGGAUGGGAAAUGACAGGCACAGCUUUCAUUCACCAACCGACAUUUGGUGACAAUCCAGCAGCACGCCGCAGAGAAAGCGCCCAGCAGCAAGGGGACUGGUGGAUAGGGGGGAUGGAGUAUCGACCCAGUGAGAGCGAUCCCGCAGGAUGGCAGAACCCAGCUGGUGGCGAUCUUCCCCAGGGAACUCUCAUUUCUCCUUGUUUCCGUAUCGUUGGCAGAGAUAUCUCGUUUCUCAUCGGUGGAGGAUGUACCAUAAGUGAUAUUCGUGCGGAGCUUAUUGUCGACAACCAGGUUGUCAGAAAUGAGACAGGAAACUGUUACGAGACAAUGUACCGUAAGAGCUGGGAUGUAAAAGAAUUCAUCGGUCAAUACGCCCAAGUCAGACUAGUUGAUGAGAGAUCUGGUGGUUGGGGUCACAUUAAUUUUGAUGACCUUAAAGGAGAUAUCAUUUGUCCUCACCAUUUAGGGGAAAACAACUGAAGGGAAAGUAAGGGCACAAAGGAUAAGCGUUUUUCAGGUUUUUGCAGAUAGUCACCUUGUGACUAUACAGUAAGGUUUAACAGCUUUUGAUGUUGCAUGCUUCUUUUGAGGAGCACCUGCUUUGUGUUAGCAUCGAUAGGCACACUCACUCUGUUUAUAGCAACAGUAGAAAAGUAUUAUAAAACAAUUUUAUGCGCGUGGCAAACGAUGUUACACAUAUCAUCCACUUAUUAUAUUGUAUUACCGCGACAUUUUUAAAAAAUGAAAGUCUUUUGCUGUAGAUGCUAGCAAUCAUAUCUUAGAAUGCUUUUUUUUUGUUGUUGAAAUAUCUGUUGAAGCUAUGAAUACUCAAUAUAUUCUCUUUGAAAAGUCCAUAGCUGUAAAAACUCCCGGUAGAUUUUGUUCAGGAUUAUAGAUUGAAGUCAUUCGAGUAAGCUUCCAAAGGCGGUUUUUCAAAAUUGCCAAACUUAUACUACAUUUUUUAAGUGCAAUCCAUUGCAAUCAGCACACGCACCAUAUAAGAACUGAUUGCGACACACAAAAUUCCUUUCAAUACAUUUAUGCUACCUACGUCAGUGUCGAUGGAAACAAGGGUAUAAAAUUUUUUGUGCUUGUCAUUACGUUAAGGUUGUCAGAAAUGAGACAGGUAACUGUUCGGAGACUAUGUACCGUUAGAGCUGGAACGUAGAAGAGUUCAUUGGUCGACACGUCCAAGUCACACUAGUUAUGUUAAUGUAGCAUGUAUUGGGUAGCAUUUUGCAUUAAUAAAACGAGGUUCUUCAUUUGUUCUUAGUCUUGGAAACCUCGCAAGAUCUUGUAUCGGACCAUUUUGAUUUUUUGCAUUUUGUUACUUUUACCUUCCUUUCUGUUGCACUCAGUUCAACCAAUGAAUUCUUGUACAGCUGUGAGUCUCUUCCUUGUAAGCAAAACUCUUGGAUCAAAGUUGCUAAAUUGUAAAUACUAGAAUUUUAAAUGUUUCGAUGGGACGAGAGCCUACUUCCUGUUAGUAAUAUCUUACGAAACGUGAUUUUAGCUCAUACUGGCGGGAGUCAAAAAAACCUGACACAAGUGUUACAGAGAAGCACAAUUCUGAAAUAAAGAGAAAAAAAAUUGUUUGGUCUACAGAGUUGGAAACAAACUGUCAUUUGGGGAAUGAAGUUAAUUCGAUUAAAACGUCUCCAAAAGUUUACAUAAUCGAGAGAACUUUAUUACAUUUUCUUGUUUGCCUCCUUGGCAGCGUUCAUAUUUGGGUCUUGUAGUUCUUAAUAUUCUGUAAGUUAUACCGUACCAUAUUGUAAGAACUGAUCAC